AUGCUAGGAAAGAAGGCAGGCUCAUCCAUCCUAAUUGGCCUCUGCAGGUGUGUCCUAGACCGUUCAGAGCGAAGCCUCUUCGAAUGGUGCUGUCUGCCGUUGAAUGCCCUGCUGCUUCAGUCGGUCGUUCCAAUCUGCUACGAGAACACGUGUGCUGCCUACAUGUACAACGGCGUCUCGUGGUUCCUCUCGUGCUUGCUGAUAUACUGGAUGUGCGUCCGCCCCCUUUCGCGCCUAUUUCAAGCAACAUCGCUGUUCACAUGCAUGAUCUGUCUCUCAGGUUGCUGGCUUUGUUCGCUUCUUCCUUUGGCUUUGUACCCCGAUGAGCACAGCGGUGGUUCGGAGUACACGCGACUGGUCCUUUCGAACCUGGUGCAGGCGACACCGGUUGCCUAUUUCCACGUGUUCCUGUCCGGAGUGGUGGCUUCUCGCAUCUUCAUCCUCCUCUGCUUGGCGGACAAAGAAACAGGACAGCCUCCGUCGGAAGGAACAAAGGAUCUGGUGCUCGCCACGGAGCGGGCGCCGCUGGUGCUCAGAUACGGCUGCACGCUCGGAUACCUCCUCUGGGCCGGAUUGGUCCUCAGUUGGUCCUUUUUGGAACGUGGCAUCAGCAACGGGCUUCAUCAUGGAAAAGUGUAUUGGAUGUUCCACAACGGGGGUUUGAUCCCGAUCCUGGUGCUCAUCCUGCUGGGCUGUGGUCUAGGUGAGGACCCCUUGGUGAAGUAUCUCUUCCGCACGCACGUGUUCCGCAUCCUGGGACGGAUCUCAUAUUCCCAGUAUCUCUUGCAGGAUCCGGUUUCUUCCUUCUUGGCUUUCUACCUUAUCCCGGACCGCCAUGGACCAUGGGGCCACAAUCCGGUACCAGAAAAGUUCCUCAUCGUGUACCCCUUUGUGCUUUUGCCGUCAGCGUACUUCGUUGAGAACUACUUUGUUCAGCCCUACGUCCUUUGGCUCCGGCACCAGCUCAAGGAACCGAGCUCCAACUGCUCUAACUGUGGGCUGGGAUGCAGAAGAUGGUGUUCAGCACUCUUCGAAGUUUUCCCACACAGACGGAAGAAGGACCCGGAGUCCGUGCUCGGCGUUGACCCACAGCGCCUGGCAGCCAUUGCUGAGAGUGCAGAGGACUCUGCCCAGGAGGCCAUCAAUGCCAUCGAGCCUCAAUACCACAAACGUGUAGUUGUCGUACCCGAUUACGAGCGCAUGCAGAUGGAGGAGACGUUUUUUGCGAGUCUGCAGCUGCAAAGUCUUGGGAGGGAGCUCUGA